CAGAUAAUAGAGUUUGGAUCGAACCUUCGAUAGAAGCUUCUCUAGCGGUGGCUAUGGAGGACUCGCCCAUGGUCGUCAAGUCGCUCUUUGUCUACCCAGUCAAGUCGUGCAAAGGGAUCGAGAUUGACGCCGCCGCGAUCUGCCCGACUGGAUUUCGAUGGGAUAGGCACUGGCUUGUUGUCAAUGACAGAGGAAGGAUGCUCACCCAAAGAGUGGAGCCAAAGCUUGCUUUGAUCCAGCCAAUUAUGCCUCCCGAGCUUUUCACUGCUCCUCUACAGUCUCUACCAGCGAAUUCUUCAGUGUCAUUCCAAGCCCCGGGAAUGGAGACCACGCUUCAAGUCCCUUUGUUUGGCAGCAAAGAGAAAGUCCAUGCUUCGGUGUGGGAGUGGUCUGGCGGAGCACUGGACGAAGGAACAGCAGCACACAAGUGGUUCUCCGCUUAUCUUGGAAGAACUUGCCACCUUGUGCGUCUAGAUCCUGCUGCGAUGGAGCGACCGACUGAUACCGAGUAUGCUGACGGAUACAAAGCCUCCUUCACCGAUGGUUUUCCAUUUCUCGUUGCUUCCCAGGCUUCUCUUGACGCUGUGAACAAGCGCUUGCGGAAUCAACUUCCAAUGAAUCGGUUCAGGCCAAAUAUAAUCGUCCAAGGCUGCGAGCCCUUCGCAGAGGAUACCUGGCGGACGUUUAAGAUCAAAAACCUGACCUUUCAUGGAGUCAAGCUUUGUGCCAGAUGCAAGAUACCUACAAUCAACCAAGAGACAACCGAGAUGGGAGCCGAGCCGACCUUGACACUCAUGGAGUUCCGCAAGGGAGAGAUGCUAUGCGCUGUUCAAUCUGUGAAAAACAAGGUUUUCUUCGGCCAAAACGCUGUUUGCGUGGAGUCCGUGAUGAUGAAGAACGAGUUAGUUCGUGUUGGAGAUCCAGUUCGAGUGGAGGAAACUUUGCAAGUCCCAUCUGUGUGAAGUUGUGAAAAAAAUACCAUUUGAGCAAAACGUUACACAAAACUUGGAAUUCCACCGCU